AUGAUCUCAUUUUCUCCUGUUAAAUGUAAAAUCGGUAUAAUGCCUGAUCAUAUUCAUCGUCCUGGUCACAUUGGUAUUGUGUCCCGUAGCGGUACUCUUACGUACGAAGCUGUUCAUCAAACGACUCAAGUUGGCGGCGAACAAUCAUUGUGUGUCGGUAUCGGUGGUGAUCCAUUUAACGGCACAGAUUUUAUCGAUUGUCUUAACAUAUUCCUCAAAGAUAAAGAAACACACGGUAUUAUUUUAAUUGGUGAAAUUAGUGGUAAUGCUGAAGAGGCAGCAGUCGACUAUUUAUUAAAGCAUAACAAUGGAAUUCAUGCAAAACCUAUUGUGGCAUUUAUUGCCGGUGUCACGGCACCACCUGGUCGUCGUAUGGAUCAUGCUGGUGCAAUUAUUUCUGGGAAAUCAGGUGGAGCUGAAGGUAAAAUUACUGCAUUGAAAGAAGCCAAUGCUACUGUGAGUAGUUCACCAGCGAAAAUGGGACAAUUAAUGUAUAAAUUAAUGAAAAAUGAAGAUUUUCCAAUGAGUAAAAACGAAACACGACGGGAGCUAUCCCGCUUGCGCCUGCCAAGACUCGGUUUCGACAAUGGCAUUCGAUAUCUUGUCAACACGCUUGAUGUUCAAUAUUCCUCUACAGCAGCUGAUGGCAAAGCUGUUCAAACUGCUCUCCAGCCUGCGGGUGACGAUCAAGCUCUCGCAGCCGUAUAA